CGACGACUGGAAAGAGCGCGCGACGGUCACUACCAACGGCAGCAGCGGUGCAGGAGGGUCGACUACUACUGCGCACCCAGGUUUGGAUUUGAGCGACUUUGGGUUGGGUGACAUUCCGGGUUCUCUUGUUUUUAUUGGACGAGCCACGUUUGACGAUGACACUCAGCAGGCCCGUCGACGUCGAGCUCGAUAUCGCCCCCAUCCCAAUCCUACUUCCCACAAGCCUUUCCGCCGUUCUAUGUUCCAUCCGUGCCCGGUCCAUACAAUGCCAUGCCAUACAGUGCGAUGUCAUGGUCGUCUCAACCCACUCCACUACCUCUCACCACGUACUCGACGCUAAACGGUGCAACUUCGACCUCUUCAUCCGCUUCUCAAGCGUCGACUUCUCAGCAGUCGUCAUCACCUGCUAACUCAACUCAAUCGCAGAUGAUGAUCGAUCCCGUUUUGACUACGAUGAGCGGAUCCGAAUCGGCCCAACACUACACUCAACCUUCCAGUCAUGAGAACCUUCAGCGAACGCAGCCCCAAGCAUCCCAGUCGCAGCAAACACAGCAACAACAGGCGCAGUACUCGUAUCAACAACCUACAUUAUCGAUCAAUCCCGCUUACGUUCUUCCACCGCACUUUUAUUCACCUCAGCAUCAACAACACCAAGUUCAAACCAACCUUUCCCCUCACGUCCUUCACACCCCGUCCACUCCACAAAGUGGAAUCCACUCGUCACCAUCGGCAGCAGCGUCAAGUUCAACCGCCAAUUCUGAAGCUAGGAGGAUCAAGCUUUCCAGUGACAUACGAUCACUUUUGCAGCCGAACUCAUUUUCUGGUGCUGGCGCAGUGUACUCGCUAGUGGGACGACUUGACGACUAUGGGUCUCAGGACGUGGACGCCGCGUUACGGUUGGAGAUAUUGACGAAGAUUAGAGAUAACGCGGGUAACCACUACUUUCGAGCAUGGUUGGACAAUCCGACUGCCAUGGAUAUCACCCGUGAAUGGCUGAAAGCUGGUCUUGUGGCUAAGAGCGACAACUUGUUAGUUGAAACUAUAAUGCCGUUGCUUCACAUCGUGGACAGAUUACCCUUGAAUGUCGAUGCUUUGAAAACUUCGAAACUGGGGAAGAUUAUUGUGAAGUUGGUAAAGGACCCACCAUUACCAGCUGUCAAGGACAUGGCGUCCAAUUUAGAACGCAAAUGGCGACAAUUAGUCGAGGCUGCAACGAAGCAGGUGGAGAAUAAUUCUACAGAGGACAACAAAGUGAAAAAACGAAAACUGAAUGAACCUCCCGCGGCCAAAGCGCCGCCUCCCACCAAGAAGGUCGCCGUUUCUUCGCCGUCAGCGCCGACGGCGAGGACGACUGUGGUGAAGAAAGAAACUAAACCUACUGUCCCGGCGUCCAAAGACUUCAGAUCUGAUUCCUCUUUUUUCUCUGCUCCAAAACCAAAACCGAAGCUUCCGAGCUUCAAAAAGGCACCUGCGCCCGUGAAGAAGGAACCAGAUCCCAACGUUGCCCAACCUUCAUCUAUUGAUCCUUUCCAAGAAGCGCUCAAGUCGAUGGGUAAAGCACGGAAAGAGUCUCCUGCAACACCCACUCCACCUCCUGCAGCCAGUACACCCACAUCAAAUUUCAUGACUACUUCUACUACUACUGGUAAGAUGAAGCGGAAGACGGUGACAUGGGCGCCUGAUGGCCAGCUGGAGUCGAUCCGGCUAAUCGAACGUGCUGUUUACGAUGGUGAUCCAGUAGAUGGUGUACAUACUGCUCACAGUCUUCGCGAUCUUGAUCGGGGCGAGGGUGCGGCAUUGCAUGCACAUCUGUUCGAAGAGCUCAUCGACUGGACGGACCCAAUACUAAUCGAUAUCCCAAUGGGUAGUGAAGUGGCGCAGCGUGGUCAACAAAGUUUCGAAAAGUCUGUACAAGAGGAGCGAGAGCAAACUGCCCUGGGAGCCCUGUAUAUGAAUGCGGCGCAAAUACCCGACAGUCCCGGAGAACCUUCGAUGACGAUCCUGGAAGAGGAGGUGGAUGCGGAUGUCAAGCUGAUGACCGUCGGUCCCGAAAGCGAUCAUAUCUUUUGGAGCGAGAUCCCUUCGACUCAGCAGGUAUCCGUUGCGGAUCUUGUAAGACAGCUUGCGGGUGGCACAGUUGACCAAGUUAUGGGGCUCCCUCCGCCGAACGGGUUGACUACUACUAUGCCAAUAGGUUUCGAUCCUAGUAUUCUAACGACGAUUCCGCCUGAGCAGAUGCAGCAAUUGAUGCAACAAGCCCAAGCCUUAUUCGGUCAGGGUGCACAGCCUCCUUCUAGUUUUGGCGGCAUGAUGGACCCGAGCUGGAACGUUCCCACUGCAAAUUCGAAUACGUAUGGAUCAUCCGACUUCGGACAACAUGAGUACUCUGACGAUACAAAUCAUACUAAUCGAGGCAGAGGGCGCGGUCGUGGUCGCGGCGGCGGCCGGGGAGGCCGCGGACGCAAUGGGGAUGACGGUGGAUCGUAUAGAAGUAGUAAACGAAAACCAUGCAGUUUUUUCGCAGAAGGAAGAUGCAAGUACGGUGAUCAAUGCGAUUUCAGCCACGAACCUAUCUAUUAGUCCACGUUCAACGCACGUGUAUACGAUACAGGGAAAACAUUCCCCCCUCUUUCUCUCCUACACUCAUCAUACAUAGUUUUUUUGUUACGGAUCUCCUUGUAG